AUGUCUUCAGCGUCUACGCCGAUUGGCACGCCUCGGCCUGAACAGCAGGCUCAGAAGAAUGGCGCAAAGAAGGAAGUCAAGAUAUUAAUGAUUCACGGCUACACACAAUCCGGCGCCCUCUUCCGCGCAAAAACCCGCGCCCUAGAAAAACUCCUCGCCAAAACCCUCGCCCCAAUCUCCCUCCUCCCCGUCCUCCUCUACCCAACCGGCCCCAACCGCCUCCUCCCCUCCGACAUCCCCGGCUUCAAGUCGCAGGGUGGCGACGCCCCCUUGUCCGACGACGACCUCCCCGACACCUGGGGCUGGUUCCGCAAAGACGACGCCACCAACUCGUACCGCCUCUUCGACGAGGGCAUGGCCGUCGUUGCCGAUUCCAUUCGCGAGGCCGGCGGCAUCGACGGCGUCUGUGGGUUCAGUCAGGGCGGUGCCAUGGCAGCCUUUGUUGCUGCCGCGUUGGAGCCUUCGAGGACUGUCUUGGAUGGCCCAAAAGGAGACUGGGCUCGGAAGCUGCGAGAGGCGAAUGGCAGCCGGCCUGUCAAGUUUGCCAUUUCAUAUUCUGGCUUUUACGCCGGCAUUCCUGACCUGGAGUGGCUGUAUGAACCCAAGAUUAAGACGCCGACGCUUCACUACCUUGGUAGCUUGGACACCGUCGUCGAUGAGAGCCGAAGCCAGGGAUUGGUUGAUCGGUGUGAGGAGCCUCUCGUUGUGGUUCAUCCUGGUGGCCAUCACGUCCCUGUGUCCAAGGAAUGGGUGAUGCCCCUGGCUGGAUUUAUCAAGAACCACGCGAGUGCCGCCGAGUAG